AUGCCUGGGCUUGGUAAGACCACGUUAGCCAAUAAAGUUUAUAUUGCUGAUUCAGUUAUGUCACAUUUCCAUGUGCGUGGCUGGUGUUGUGUCUCUCAAAUGUAUAGCAGGCAUAGUUUGUUAGUUCAACUUUUGCGUAGUAUUUCUUCUGAGAGUCUUGACAAAUAUCUUAAGAAGGACGAAAAUGAUUUGGCUGAGAAUCUAAGGCGGGUUUUGCUGAGAAGAAGGUAUCUCCUUGUUUUGGAUGACUUGUGGGACGUUGAGGCAUGGAAUUUGUUGGAAAAAUCAUUGGCGAAUGAUGCCAAUGGAAGCAAGAUUCUCUUCACCAGUAGAUUUCAAAAUUUGUCUUCGCAAUUCAAACCUGAUAGCAACCCUUACCAUCUCCGCCCACUUACUGACGAAGAGAGCUGGACAUUGUUGCAGAAAAAGCUAUUUGACAAAGAAGGUUGUCCUCCAACACUAAGUGAAGUUGGAUUUCAAAUAGCAAAAACUUGUAGGGGCUUACCCCUCACAAUUGUCCUUGUUGCUGGAAUUCUUGCUACAACUGCACAAGAUGGAUGGGAAGAAGUUGCAAAAUGUCUAAGAUCUAUUGUUCUUAACAAUAAAGACUGCAAGAAGGCACUUGAACUGAGUUACAGUUAUUUACCGGAUUAUUUGAAGCCAUGCCUUCUAUACUUUGCUGCAUUUCAAGAAGAUAAGGUUAUUAAUGUGCGAAGGUUGUUAUGGCUUUGGAUCGCUGAAGGAUUGGUGCAACAAACUAAAGGAAAGAGCUUAGAGGAAUCGGCUUAUGACUACUUGAUGGCUCUAAUUAGUAGAAGAUUAGUUGUGGUUACCAAACAAAGAACUAUGUGUGGUGCCAAAGACUGCCAACUUCAUGAUUUGGUACACGAGUAUUGUGUGGAAAAAGCAAAAGAAGAAAGUUUUCUAUGUGUUAUUCAUAGUUCAAAAGACCCUUUCAGUCUUGCUGGACCAACCAACCACCACCGAGUUCGUGCUCACAAUAUCGGGGAAUUAAAGAUUUGGGAGUUAAUGCUAAUUUUUCCCAAUUUACGCAGUUUGCUCUUGUCCAGACCUGAUGGUGGUUGUUAUCCAACGAGCAAGGAGGAGCUGGGGAUUAAACUUCUUAGAGUGCUGGAUUUGGGGAAUUGUAUUUAUGUACCAAUGGAAGUGGUGUCGCUUGUUCACUUGAGAUACCUGGUGCUCCGUGGAUUAGGCUCCACCAUCCCAUCUGCGAUAGACAACCUCUCAAGGUUAGAAACUCUUAUCGUAGAAAACCCGUUUGGUCUAAUUAAGCUGCCAAAUACUAUUUGGAACCUUAAGAGAUUGAGUUAUCUACAUUUUGCAGGGUGGCCAAAUGGUUUUAUCUUUCCGGCUGAAAAUCUUGAAGUAUAA